AUUAUCUAUGGUUGUCAUUCUUAGUAUGUGUGAUGUGUUUUUUUGUUUUGAAAAUGCAUUAAUCUCUGUUGUGCUAACGGUUGAUUGGCAAGAAUGCCAACUGGAGCACUGCGCCAGCUCAUGCAGAGGAAGGCUGCACAGCUAAAUCUACCUCUAGGGGCGCUGACGAACAAGUCACCUUACCACAGUGGCAAAGACCAGGAGGACACCGAGGCUAUGGCUCUCUUCCGGGCCGGCGCCCAGAUCAUCCUGGGUCGGGGUGAUAGGGCACUCUUCUGGCAUGAUUGUUGGCUGCCAGGCGGACUCUCCGUACCUGAAGCUGCCCCAGCUCUCGCCUCCUUUGCCCGUCUGUCCAGCAUCACAGUCGGGCAGGCCCUGGCGAACAACCGCUGGGUCCGUGACAUCAGAGGUGGCCUCUCCGCGCCGGCCUUGGCGCAAUAUCUCCGGCUUUGGGAUAUGGUCGCCGCCACAUCGCUGGCCCCGGGGCAGCAAGACGCUGUCAUCUGGUGCCUCUAGGAGGGGGGCAAAUUCUCCACCAGCUCUGCCUACCGGCUCUUCUUUGCGGCUAACAUUGAUUUUGGCCGUGCUUCUGCAAUUUGGAAGGCCAAGGCUCCUCCUAGGCUCAGGUUUUUCAUGUGGCUGGUGGUUCACGGCCGUUGUCUGACCGCAGACAACCUCGAACGCCGGGGAUGGCCUAAUCAUGGCACCUACGCCUUGUGCAGUCUUGCUCCGGAAUCAUGCAGCCACCUCUUCGUGCACUGCUCCUUUACAACGGAGGUUUGGCAGCGCUUCCGGACCUGGGUGGGUGUACCCUUUCCGACCCUUGCUGCCGACGACAAGGGUACGGAGGACUGGUGGCUUCGCGCGAGGAAUGCAGCCCCGGAACGGUUUAAGAGGGAAUUUGAUGCGGUGGUGAUUCUGGUGCACUGGCGUCUCUGGAAGGAGCGUAAUGCUCGUAUCUUUGAUGGCGUCGCAUCGUCUCCGGACAGGGUGGUCGAAGCGAUCAUUGAGGAUCUGCGAUCCUGGCGUGAGGCAGGCUGCUUCGCCACCAUCAUAGCCUUUUAGAUGGCGUGCUCGCGUUGUGCUUGUGCUACAGCAGCAGGUCUGGGUCAUGGCUUGCUUGCCUUGCCGGUAGGGGCUCUCUGUUUUAUGGCGUUCUGGUUUCAGGCACUUGGCCUCGAGGCUUCGUUGUGGCACUUGCCCUGUUUGUACACCUGGCGGUCAUUGCCGUUCUGUAACCGUUCUUUCUAAUCUUAAUAAAGAUCGGCUUCGGCCUUUCGAGAA